UCUUGGACCACAGGAGGGCACUGUUUUGUCCAGGGUUGCGGACCUGGUACAGAAGAAUCUUAAAAUGCCAACGAAAAGGUUUAUUUCUUUUUGCAGCCGUAGUACCUGUUUUGGCCACACGAGGGCACAGUUUUCCGUGCCAUGACUUCAAAGUUAUCGCUAAGGUGCAGAAAAUUAUGCCAUCCUGUGGUCCAAGCAGGUAUCGCAGCCACAAAAAGAAAGAAACCUUUUCGAUGACAUUUUAAGAUUGUUAUCCGUACAUAUUGAAGUUAUUCUUCCGUGCCAGUUCCGCAACCCUUGAGAAAACAUUGCCAUCCAGUGGUCCAAGAGGGAAUAGCAGGUUUUCAGGGCUGCUCUUUUACCCUUUACCAUUCCAACUUUUCUUCUCCCCUUCUUUUCCUUCCUCUCCUCCUACUUCCUUCGUUCUUCCUUUGUUCUUCCUCUCCUUCUCUUUCCUACUUCCCCUUCCCCCACUCCUCUACUCCUCUUUCCCCUCCCUUUUCUUCCUCUCCUUUCCCCUUUCUUCUUUCUCCUGUUCUCUCCUGUCCUCUGUUUUCCCUUCCCCUCUCUCCUGUUGUUUCCCUUUCCAGUUCAAUCCUUUAGGGUUUAGGGUUUAGGGUUUAGGGUUUAGGGUUAGGGUUUCGUUUCGUUUCGUCUCGUUUCCUGACUUCCGGUGGGACCGGAAUCAGUUGGCCAGCAUAUGCAUGCCCGCUGGAGUUGAGCUAGGGCAACACUCGCAUGCCCACCAAUAUGGCUCCGCAUGCCACAAGUUCACCAUCACGGGACUAGAGCUUCCCAUCUCCUCCCAAGGGAAGGGAAAGGAGGCACGGGGCAGGCAAGCCUGCAGGCUCCGGCACCCGUUCUCAGGACCUUUAGUUAUCGCUUAGAGCUCUUCGCAGGUAACCCCGGCCUGCAUUUUAUGGAAAGAAGCUGGGGAGGGGAGCUUUUGUGCAGGGCCGUUGACACCAUUGGGUGAUGCAAAAAAUCAAAACCCAAGGGAAACCAUUAGCAUGUUGUUGUUGUUGUGUGUGUUUUUAUCUACAUAUACCCAGCUAGUUUAGAGACAUAAUAUCAUACAACUUUUGGCAAUAAAGUUUCAGCCAAUAGAAACUUCUGGCUCAACGAUUCCAACACUUUAGGAAGUUUUUGACCGAGGAGCAUUCGGGCGAAUGCUCAACGGAUGGAGAAUGGAGCCGGAAGCCCUGCCGUGUUGCAGUUUGAAGCACCCGUGGGUGUGUGCAGAGAUUAAUCCACUCCGUCGGGAGAAAGAGCGCCUGUUUGGUGGAUAGGAGAGUCUCGGGGCCUCUUGGUAGAGGUAGGCCGGUCGUGUUGCUUUUUGGAAGUAUUCUGACUCUUGUUAAGAACGACUGCAGUUUUUUGCAAUCAAGUUGUCACACUUUAAAAAGAAAUCAUAAGUGCAAAUUUUAUAUCCCGAAUUGGAAACACGCAUCUUAUUAUUAGUCACUUUAAUAGGGAGAUUAUCAAGAAAAAUAUAAUCAGUAAAAAUACCAUGCAGGUGUGAAAUGUAUGUUAGUCUAUUUAAGACUAAGGAUGAGAGCAGGGCCCGAGGGAUAAAGCCAGGGAGGCGUUUCCACACACCCCGAUCAGCUCUCUCCUCCUUCUCUCCUCUCGCAGACCCCUACGACCAAGCAACGAUUGCCAAGGAGGAGGUGAAAGAAGAGGAGCCCCAGCCCUUUCAGAAGAUCGGUCCAGAACCAGGCAACUAUACCUGUGAAUUCUGUGGCAAGCAGUACAAGUACUCCACGCCAUCCCAGGAAGACGUGGCCCUUCACGCACCAAUCCGUGCGUAUCCAGCUGUGACACAGCAACCGGGGAGACCCCGGGAUCCAGGAUCUUUCAAGGCAGAGGCCAAUCGCACCUCUAAAGCGAUCACGAGGGACAGAGCAGUACCGGCAUAUCUCCCUGAUAGCUGUCCUUUGGGGAUAUACUUUGAGAGAAGGAGUUGUUCCUAUUUCAGUGCAAAUAGUCAGGCCAGAUUGCCUAUCAUUGUUAAUACUAUAUUAAACCGUAAAUAAAAUUAUACCUGUAUUUUGCAGUUUA